GAUAAGAAUGUUUUGAAUUUUUUUAAAGAUUAAGCAAUUAAACAAGCCCAGUAAUAGCUUAGGGAUAAAAGCAAGCAAGCAAUAAAACCUAAUUGUUGUGCUAUUGAGAAGCUGCCACCAGAACCCUAAUUUCACAGCCGCAGGAGCUUCCACAAUGACUUUCAAGCGCAGAAAUGGCGGAAGAAACAAGCAUGGCCGCGGCCACGUCAAAUUCAUCCGCUGUUCCAACUGCGGCAAGUGCUGCCCUAAGGACAAAUCGAUCAAGCGGUUCCUUGUGAGGAACAUUGUUGAGCAAGCUGCAGUUCGUGAUGUUCAGGAAGCCUGCGUCUAUGAGCAAUACACUCUUCCGAAGUUGUACGUGAAGAUGCAGUAUUGUGUUUCCUGUGCCAUCCACUCUCAUGUCGUGAGGGUGCGUUCUCGCACCGAUAGGAGGAACCGCGAGCCGCCACAGCGCUUUGCCAGGCGUAGGGAUGAUGCACCAAGGCCUGGUCAGCCUGGUCAAGCACCCCGUCCUGCUGGUGGAGUAGGAGCUGCCCCUAGAGCUUAACUCAAAUUCUAAGAUCGUAGGACAUGUUGCAUCGAUUUUGUGAUAAUCCUUAAUUACUAUUGUUUUUUAUUUUGAAUCUCAGUUGCCGUAAAAUUAUUUUCUCCCUAUUGUUGCAUGAAUUACUCGAUUGUCAUGAUUUUCUGUUUUGGAUAACAACGGACACCGGUUAUAUAAAGUUUAGCGAUUUGGAGUGGUAA